GCUCGCGCCUGCGCAGCGCCGAGGGGCACGGGCCGAGAUUCCCGCAGGCCGGCGGGGCCCGGCAUGAGCGUCCCGGAGCCGCGGCGCCGCUGAGCCGGAGGCCGGUGAGGGAGUCCCGCGGGCCAUGGCGUUCCUGGCCGGGCCGCGCCUGCUGGACUGGGCCAGCUCACCGCAGCACCUGCAGUUCAACAAGUUCGUGCUCACAGGCUACCGGCCGGCCAGCAGCGGCUCGGGUUGCCUGCGCAGCCUCUUCUACCUGCACAACGAACUGGGUAACAUCUACACUCACGGGCUGGCCCUGCUGGGUUUCCUGGUGCUGCUGCCCAUGACCAUGCCCUGGAGCCAGCUGGGUAAGGAUGGCUGGCUAGGGGGCACACACUGCGUGGCCUGCCUGGCACCUCCCGCAGGCUCUGUGCUCUAUCACCUCUUCAUGUGCCACCAAGGGGGCAGCCCCGUAUAUGCCCGGCUUCUUGCCCUGGAUAUGUGUGGGGUCUGCCUUGUCAACACCCUCGGGGCCCUGCCCAUCAUCCACUGCACACUGGCCUGCAGGCCCUGGCUGCGACCAGCCGCCCUGCUGGCCUACACCAUGCUGUCAGGGUUGGCCGGCUGGCGGGCGCUCACCGCCCCAUCCACCAGCGCCCGGCUCCGCGCCUUUGGCUGGCAGGCUGGUGCCCGUCUCCUAGUAUUUGGAGCCCGGGGAGCGGGGCUGGGCUCUGGGGCCCCAAGCUCCCUGCCCUGCUACCUGCGCAUGGAUGCACUGGCGCUACUCGGGGGGCUGGUGAACGUGGCCCGCCUGCCUGAGCGCUGGGGGCCCGGGCGCUUUGACUACUGGGGCAACUCACACCAGAUCAUGCACCUGCUCAGCGUGGGCUCUAUCUUACAGCUGCAUGCCGGUGUCGUGCCCGACCUGCUCUGGGCUGCCCACCAUGCCUGCCCAACGGACUGAGCCACUGGCCCACCAUGCCAGCCUGCAGGUCCCCUAGGGCCAACACCACCACACUUCCCUCCUGCUAGUCUGCAAGGGGCUGGCUCCCUGGAUGUUUCCAGGAAACUUGGGACUUCCACGCCGGGAGCCAUAGUCUGUUCACUCAGUCUUCACAUGGAGAAGCCUCCUCUUCCACCAUGCUGCCAGCGCCAGCUUCCCUCCCUGCUGUCUUCUUCCAGGCACUGUCUAUGUUGGCUAGAAAGAAACCUUGCCCUUUCUGGGCCUCAGUUUACCCUCUGGGACCUGUGAGCGUUGGUCCAGAGAAACUGGGAGGGAUGUCUUGCUGUGACAACUGGAGUCUUGUCAGUUUGCUGCCCCCUCAGCUCACCCCUCCACAGCCCCCACACACGGAAACCUCGUGGAUCCCCUGGCCCAGCCUCGCCCGCCUACUUCCUCAUCCCCUUCCCUGCAUGCUAGCCCUCCCAGCAGCCUGUGGCUCAUCUACCCUGCUCCAUUCUGCUCAGAGCCUGAAGAGUAAGGGGCUGCAAGCAGCAGGACUGGCCCCUUUGUCCAAGGACCAAGGCAGCACUGAUCCUUCUUGUACCAAGAUGGCCAAGGGGCAGGAAGGCUGCUGCUCCUGUUCCCAAGCAAUGGGCAUGGAGAUGCAAAGAGACAUGUGGCCGGUGCCCAGGGGGCUGAGGACCCACCUCUGCCUGAGCCCCACCUGCCCACCAGGAAAUUUGCUCCACACAGAAGCACAGCUCCCAGCUCUGGGCUAUUGGUCUGAGGCCCGGGGUCCCUGGGUUCCACAGCUGGGCUCUGCUUCCGGUCCCGUCCCAGGGGGCCUUAAGUCCUGGGCGACAUCAAUAAAAGGAGCAGGAAGCCCUGUGUUGCCACCUGAGCAAGCUGGGGUGCUCCCAAGACUCAAAUAACUUUUAUUAGACAUGCUAGGCAGAGGGCAUUGGGGGUCCCCAGAGGGGCACCCGCAUUUGGGAGGGGCGGGGGUAAAAGGUUAAAAGUACUGAGGUUGGGCUGUGGGGCUCAGGUUGAGUCCAGUGAGUCCUCAAAUAGGCUGAGGAGAUUCCGGGGCUCGAAAGAAGGGAAGGAGCCCAGAGAAGGUGCUGAGUCAAUGUCACUUAGGUCCAGGGGGUCCCUGGGGGGAAGGAGGAGAAAGAAGAAAGGAAUGACACCCCAGAACUAAAAGCCAAACCAGCGUGCCUCCACCCAGGACUCUGGCUCCCCAGGCCAACUCAUCUCAGGGUGUACCUGCUCCAGGGGGCAGGGGAGCCGCUGUGGGGGGUAGAGGUGCUCCCAGCAGUCCUGGCCAGGACAGCCUCUGGAGAGAGUGAGGGCCUGUGCCAGGGUGAGACAACAGACAAGCAGGGUGUCAAGGGGUGGGGGUCCAAAGGGAGGUGGUUGCAGCUAGGGGCGCAGGCAGUGUGACCAGGUCUGUCCUGGCUCUUGACCUGGGCUCCCAUGUGACAGAGAAGCUGGAGCCCCAGUUGGGGACAUCAGACACAUGGUAUAUUUUGAGAAGCAGCUUUACAGCUUUCAGAGCCCUUGAGCCCGACCAGGCUCCAUGUUCCAGGACACAUGGGCUUCUGCUGAGCUGGCUCUGAAAUGAACAUUUGGCCAAUGAAACUUACCUGCCACUUCAUGUCCACUCUAGGGUGUCUCCAGAGUGAGAGACUGAUACUCAUAAGGAAGGGCCAAAUGACAUCAUUCCUCCUGAGAACUGUCCCCACCAAGUAAUGCAUUUGUCCUUUGUAACGGUUUCUGAAUUACAGCCUCUCGCUUCAUCACCAGGUACCCUGGGAUGGCAGGGACCCCUCCAGGGGCUGGGCUCGCCUGGUUCUGGGGGCUCCCCGCCACCUUGUCCCUGGGCACUGGUGGCUAUUCUAGUGGGAUGGGGGCUGUACCGCCUCCCUCCCCCAGCGAGUGCCCUGACCCACAUACUGUUCCCAGGGUAACAACUCCCAGUAUGGCUGCCCAGGUAUGAAGCUGAGCCAGGUAUGAAGCUGCCUGUCCGCCUGUCUGCUCCACACAGCGGCUAAGCCACACACUGAGCUUAGCAUAAGAAGAGCUGCAUUCACGCUAAGCCAGGCUGUACCCAUGCUGGGCCCACACACCUACCUGAAGCUGUCAUCUUCCCAGUUGCUGGAGAGGCUGCUGUCUAGGAGGAAGCUGCAGGGUGGCGAGCCAGGCGGGGUGGCUGGAGGGCCCCGGGGCUGCAGCCAGCUGGCAGGGUGGGCCAGCCUGUGGCAAAGCCAGCAUAGCAGGGCCAGCAGGGCCUGCGGGAAGAGGGUGCGGGAGGCUGGGUGGACCCUGGGGCAGGGCGGGGUGGGCCUGUCCCCAAGCUCACGAGAUUACCUGCCACAGGGCCCAACCUCGGCUCAGGGCUUCAGCUGCCAUGUACCACAGGACACUCCAGGGCCUUGGCUGCCUGAGCAUGGGUAGGGCCAGUAGGGCCUCGGCCGUGGCCCGCAGUGUGGGGUCCGGCUCCAGCAUCAUGGCAAGGACGCCAUGUAGCUCAGCAGACAGACCUGGAUGUGGGGCAGAGGGAUGGGCAUGUCAUGCGUCCUGAGUGCAGCUGGGCCCAAGCCCAGUGGUCCCACAUACAGGCCCCCAAACCUGGGGUGCAGGAAGGGGCUCCACAGGAGCUGUCCCCCUCCACUAUGGCACACCCCCUCCUGGCCUCCACUCACCUGCAGUGAACUCAGGGGGCAGAUAGCCCUGGCGCAGCUGCUGCCAGCCCUCCCCACCGUGAGGCAGCUCCAUAUUGCAGGCCACUUCCAGGAUGGUGAGGCCCAGACUGGAGGGCCCAGGGGCCAGGGACAGAGGGGGGCAGGGUUGGCCUUGGAACACAGACCCCAGCCCCAGAGGAGGGGGAGGGGAAGGGGCCUUGAAGCUUCUGCCCCAGACCAGGGAGGUGGAGAAGAGGGGCCUCUGAUAAACUCCCCAGGUGGGAGGAAGUCUGCCAGAUCAGCCCACUGAACAGGCCCUGUGGCUGCUGUGGUUACCAAUAGUAGUAUGGGAGCCACUGGGUGGGUUCAAACUGCCAACCUUUCAGUUAGCAGCCGAGCCUUAACCAUCCACACUACCAGGUCUCCUAUUACUGCUGCUGAGAUAAUUGGACGCAAUUAUCAGAGUCCAUGCAGAGGGUGAACUAUGGAGCCACAUGCCUGCUGCAAGCCUGGCUGCCCCCUUAACCUCUGUGCCUGCCCCACCCCUGAAGAGAGGUAACAGUGGUCCCUCCUGACAAGCUGUUGCAAUGGGUCAUCUCUGUAAAGUGCUCCAGAGGUGUUGCUGCUUACAGGUCCCAGGCUCAGCAGACCCUUCGAUCCCUCAGGAGGAGCCCCUCCCAGGCCCUAGGUGUAGGAAUCCACAGCCUGGGCUGUCGGAGGCCCAGCGUCUUCACCUCAGCUGACUUUGGAAGGCGUUUCCCUUGGGGGAGUAGCCCUCUCUGCUGACCACCACCAGGAGUGACCCGCAGCCCACGAUGCACCCCCAUAUCCCAGUCCUCACCUGAACACGUCUGCCGCUGUCCCAUAGGAGCCCUGCAGCAGCUCGGGGGCCAUGUAGCGGGGGUCCCCCUCUUGGGCCUCACAAGCCCCAGCUGCACCCAGCUCUACCAGCAGCCCAAAGUCACCCAGCUUGCAGCGGUCCCAAGGCCCCAGGAAGAUGUUGGCAGGCUUGAUGUCAAGGUGGACCAAGCCUCGGCUGUGCAGGUGGGCCAGGGCGAGCAGGGUGUCCCGCAGGUAACCCCAGACCUGGGCCUCAGGUAGGCCGGUGCCCUUGGCCUCACAGUGCUGCUGCAGGCUGGGCCCACACAGCUCCAUCUGCAGGUACAGCAGGCCACCUUCCUCCCAGGCACGCUCCAGCCGCACACAGCGUGGGUGACGCCCCACCUUCUCGUGGCUGCCCACCUCAGCCAGCUUGCGGGCGCGGUCCUUCGGGCCCCGGAACGGCAACACGGAGCGCUUGAUGGCAUACAGGCGGCCAUCUUCCUUGGAACGAACCUGGAAGGGAGGUGGCGCCCAUAGGCGUGGUGUGGCUGGGGCAGGCCACGGUGGCACAGAAUCUGACAGAUCCAAGAUUUCAGCCAUGCCAGUUCAACUUGCCAGCAGCUAUCCUAGAGAGACCCUAGCUCACUGCAAUAGCGAAAAUGGACACACCACCCUCAAUAGGGCCUGUCCGGGGGAACCCAGCGAGCCCAACGAGAUGGAUCUAUGAGCUCCAGCAGGGAGAAUCUCUAAGACACGUUGUGAAGCGGGAAAACCAAUACAGGCAGCAUGAUCCUGUCAUGUAAAAAAUAAAACAGGUCUGUCUUCAUGUGUUCAAGUAGGCAUAGACGUAGACAGAAAGAUCUGGAAAGGAGGACACCCAUCUGAGAAGCUGGGCUCCCUUUGGGAAGGAGGCUAAUCAAGGUGCCUACACUGUGUGAAAUUUUAAAAACAUUGUAUUCAUGUAGUACUUGUGCAAGGGAAAUCAACAUUAUAAAUGAAAUAUAAAUGACUGGAAAAUAUGUUUUAAGGAAAAAACAGAGGCGGCAGGGUGUAGCCCAAGUGCCUGCCAGCCCAGAGGUGGGGCACCACACUCAGCGGGUGGCUCCGGGGACCAGGAGAGCUCGCCAAGAACCCCAGCAUGGCUGGCUCCAGAACAGGGAAGGCAUGCCAGGGUCGGGACAAGGGGAGAGUGUGUGCCGAGGGGGCACCUGCAGGGGUCUGCCCAGGGAGCUGUGAGAAAAUAGCCAAAUCAAGCAGCAAGGGAGGCACCCACCAGCCCAGGAGAGGAGGGCUAGAAGGAAGAAUUGGGAGUGCUGCCUAGGUCUUGGUCCUGUCUAGCUAGGGGGAGGGAGGCCCAGGACCAUUAUCCUACUCACCUUGAACACCUCUCCAUAGGAGCCGUGGCCCAGGAGGCCGAGCCGCUGGAAACACUGCUGGAAGAAGGACUCAGGCCGGCUCGGGUUAUAGCCAGAGCUCUGCAGGGUCUCUGAGGCCUCACCCCAGAAGGACACUUUCCGGGGCUGGGGCUGGUGCCACCCUGGGGUCCGUGAGGGGAAGAGGCGGCUGAUGGGGAUGCUGCCCUUGGCAGGCGGCCGGGGCGGAAGGCUUCGACUGAGACCCCUGGGCCUCUUGAAGGAAAAGCCAGGUUCUGCGUGGCGGAAGUAGGCAGGGACUGGGGUGGGGGUGCCACACAGGGGUGGCAGAGUGCCCUUCGUAGGCAUGGGCAUGGCCAGCGUGGGUAGCCCUGCAAGGGGCAGAGAGCAGAGGCUGAGCACAGGACAGUGUGUCCACUAAACAGCACCUGGUCCUAGGGCCCAAGGAAGCUGUGGAGGAGCGCCACAUCCAUGCCCCGCACAAGUUCGUCUUUAAACAUGAAGGCCAAAGGGCAGCAAGCACCUACCGGGAAAAGGCAGAGUACCAACAUACAUACAUGUGCACAUGGUGUGGUCUGUAUUUUGAGUGGAUAGUAGAAACAUAACAUGAACACCACAUGGUCUUUGUCCUUGAGGGCCCCAUAGUCUUGUAGAGAGCUUAAAAUCUCGUCACAAACUUGCUGUUUGACCUUGGUCAAAUCAUGUAAGACAGAAAUAUUAAUUCUGGCCCACUAUGCCUCAUCUCCAAUUCAAAAAUAAAAAAGCUCUGAAUUCCAAAAGUUUCUUUUUUUUUCAUGGUUACGGUGCCAAAACUCAUUGUUGGAGUUCCACUUCUAGAAUGGCAGCAGGAGCUGGGCAGACCCUUGGGGUGAAGCAGGUAUAACUGGUGAAAAUUGUUAAAAAAAAAAAAUUACGGUCUCUAGAAAUGAUCCUAAGGGUAUAUGGAAAACAAAGAAACAUUUAAACAAGAAAAUCUAUGAAAGUCUCUCUAAGAAGAGUGAGAAACUGUGGCACUUGAGCCAUGGCCUGCUCCCUCCCUUCCACCCACCCCCAGCUCAGAGUGAGGGAAGCUCCACUCUGGGUGGGUGUGGCCAAGAAGACAAAUCUCAAACAUUGACUUCAAAAGUUGCCCUAGCAAAAGAACCCAAAUUUAAUUGGAUCAGUCUGUGAAGUAAUUUAUGCCCCAGGGUAUUGUUGAAAACAAUAGCACAAUCAGCUGAUCAUUGGUGGAGCCCAACAGCUGGGUAUGAACAGGUAAAAAAAAUAGUCAAGGAAAACCCUGCUAAAUAAAAAUCCUGUCAUCCCAGGAGCCUGUGCACAUGCCCAAGAUGGCACCCUCUGAGGAGCAAUGUCAGGGAUUUCACACUGAAGGGGCGGCAGACUUCACUAAAAUAGUCCAGCCAGUUACUAAAGAAAUAAACAAGCAAACAACAAUAACAAGCCCUGAAGGGAGGCAGGGAAUCAGCAUCCAGAGUUGCUAUAAAAUAUUAUAAAAAAUGUCCAGUUUUCAACAACAAAAAUAUGAGAUAUGCAAAGACAUAGGAAAGUGUGACCCAUACACAAGAGGAAUAGCAGGCAACAGAUACUGCUUGUGAGAGGGAUCAGAUGUCAGAUUUCGCAAAAACUUCAAGUAGCCAUUAUAAAUAUGUUCAAAGGAAACCAUGCUUAAAGAGGUAAAGGGAGGUAUGAUAAUGUCUCACCAAAUAGAGAAUAUCAAUAGACAGAAAUUAUUAGAAAACUACCAAACAGAAAUAGUGGAGUUAAGAAGUACAGCUAAAAUGAAUAAUUCACUAGAGGGGCUCAACAGUAGAUAUAAAUUGACAGAAGAAAUAAUCAGUGAGCUUGAAGAUAGAUCGAUGGAAAUUAUGCAAUUCAGAGAACCAAAGGAAAAAGGAAAGAAAUAAUGAAAAAAGAAAAGCCUCAGACAAACGUGGAACAUCAUUUUAAGCACAACAACAUACAUGUAAUGGGAGGUUCAGAAGGAGUGCAGAGACAAGAAUCAGAAAAAUAUUCAAACAAAUAGUGGCUGAAAACUUCCCAGUUUUGAUUUAAAAAAACAUUAAACUACACACCCAAGAGGAGUCCCUGGGUGAAGCAACUAGUUGAGUGCUGGACUGCUAAAUGAAAGGUUGGUGGUCCAAAUCCACCUAGAGACGCCUCAAAAUAAGGCCUGAUGAUCUGCUUCCAAAAGGUCACAGCCUUGAAAACCCUAUGGAGCAGUACUACUCUGCACACAUGGGGUCGACAUGAGUUGGCAAUGACUCAACGGCAACUAACAACAACAACACAUCCAAGAACCUCAACAAACUCCAGGUAGGAUAAACACAAAGAGAUCCACACACAGACACAUCCCAGUAAAAAUGCUGAAAGCCAAAAACUAGGACAAAAUCUGGAAAGCAGCAAGAGAAAAAUGGCUCAUCACUUACAAGGGACAGCCCUCCCAAUAAACUCAAUAGCUGACUUUUCAUCAUAAACAAUGGAGGCCAGAUGACAGUGAGAUGACAUAUUCAAAGUGGGGGGGGGGGCUGUCAACCGAGUAUCCUAUAUUCAGCAGAACAAUCUUUCAAAAAAUAAAGCUAAACAGACAUUCCCAGAUUAAAAAAAAAAAACAGAAAAUUUGUUCCUAGCAGACCCAC